AUGCGCGUCCACAGCCUCCUUCCACUGGUGCUGCCGCUCGCAGCAGCAGCAUCGUUGCCUCUUGGUACUGAAUUCGCUCGUCGCCAGCUUCCUAAGGAGCCCACUGGGGUCAAGACCAUUAAGACCGCCAAUAAUGUCACCAUUCGGUACAAGGAACCCGGCAAACACGGCGUCUGUGAAACGACGCCGGGCGUUAAGUCAUAUGCCGGUUAUGUGGACUUGGCUCCAGAUAAGCAUACUUUCUUCUGGUUCUUUGAGGCACGCCACGACCCAGAGAAUGCACCAAUUACCUUGUGGUUGAAUGGUGGCCCUGGUAGCGAUUCAUUGAUUGGACUGUUCGAGGAGCUGGGUCCCUGCAGCGUCAACGAGAAGAACGAGACCGUGAUCAACCCUCACUCUUGGAACGAGGUUUCGAACAUGCUUUUCAUCUCUCAGCCUCUAGGCACUGGCUUCUCCUAUUCUGAGAAAGAAGCUGGCUCUCUCAACCCCUUCACUGGCGUGUUUGAGGAUGCUUCCUUUGCGGGUGUUCAAGGCCGCUACCCUGUCAUCAAUGCCACUAUGAUUGACACAACCAAUCUUGCUGCUGAGGCUACCUGGGAAGUUCUGCAAGGAUUCCUGGGCGGUCUGCACAAGCUGGACCCAAAGAUCAAAUCAAAGAGCUUUAACCUGUGGACUGAGAGUUAUGGAGGUCACUACGGCCCCGCUUUCUUCGACCACUUCAUGAAGGAGAACGACAAGAUUGCCAAUGGUACCACCAAGGGUAUUCAGCUCGACUUCAACACCUUGGGAAUCAUAAACGGAAUCAUCGAUGAGUCCAUCCAGGCUCCAUAUUAUCCCGAGUUUGCUCGCCACAACUCAUAUGGCAUCGAGGCGGUCAACGAAACUGUUUACAACUACAUGAAGUUUGCCAACUCCAUGCCCAAUGGCUGCCAGGACCAGAUUCUCAGCUGCAAGACCACCAACCGCACCUCCCUGUCCGACCUGGCAAUUUGCACGGAGGCCGCUAACAUGUGCCGUGACAACGUUGAGAGCCCGUACUACGUCUUCAGCGGCCGCGGCACUUAUGACAUCCGCCACCCAUCCCAGGACCCCACCCCUCCUAGCUACUACAUCAACUAUCUCGCCAAGGACGAAGUCAAAAACGCGCUCGGCGUCGACCUCAACUAUACCCAGUCCAACGCCGAUGUCUACUACGCCUUCCAACAAACCGGCGACUUCGUCUGGCCAAACUUCAUCGAAGACCUAGAAGAUCUUCUCACCCGACCAGUUCGCGUCGCUCUCAUCUACGGUGACGCUGAUUACAUCUGUAACUGGUUCGGUGGUCAAGCAGUCUCCCUCGCGACCAACUAUCCCCAUAGCAAGGAGUUCCGCGCCGCGGGAUACGCUCCAUUCACCGUCGAUGGCGUCGAGUAUGGUGAGACCCGCGAGUAUGGCAACUUCUCGUUUACUCGCGUAUACGAGGCUGGUCAUGAGGUACCGUAUUAUCAGCCCGUUGCCUCGUUGCAGCUUUUCAAUCGUACGCUGAAUGGAUGGGAAUUGCCGACGGGUGAGAAGAAGUUGACCCCGGACUUUGGAUCUGAUGGUCCCGCGACGGCGACACACACUGCGCCGUCGGUGGCUUUGCCUACUCCGACUUCUGCCGGGGGAUCUUCCGUUGGCGGAGAGAGCUUCUAA